AUCCGAAACAAAGAAAAAACAAAACUUUGAUUUUUGCAGAUAAGCUUAAGAAAAAAAGAAAAAGAAAAAAGAUGGUGUGUUCGUUGUUUAGCCAAUGAUUGCUAUUUAGCUUACCACUUCGAGAGAUUAAAAAAAAGAGAGAGAGAGCAAAGAUACAUUAUAGAAAGAAGAGAGGAGAAAAAAAAAUGAAGUCUUUUUGUGAUAAUGAUGAUAAUAAUCAUAGCAAUACGACUAAUUUGUUAGGUUUCUCAUUGUCUUCAAAUAUGUUAAACAUGGGAGGAAGAGGAGGAGGACGAGAAGCUCUUUACUCAUCUUCGUCUUCUUCAGCUGCAAAUUCAUCUUCUUCUUCUGUUCCACCACAGCUUGUUGUUGGUGAUAACAGUAGCAACUAUGGAGUGUGCUAUGGAUCUAACUCAGCAGCAGCAACAGCUGGGGAAAUCUAUUCUCAAAUGUCUGUGAUGCCACUCAGAUCUGACGGUUCUCUUUGCUUAAUGGAAGCUCUCAACAGGUCUUCUCACUCGAAUCAUCAUCACCAUACUCAAGAUUCAUCUCCAAAGAUGGAGGAUUUUUUCGGGGCCCAUCACAACAACACAAGUCACAAAGAAGCCAUGGAUCUUAGCUUAGAUAGUUUAUUCUACAAUACCACUCAUGAGACCAACAACAAUACAAACUUUCAAGAGUUCUUUAGCUUCCCUCAAACCAGAAACCACCAUGAGGAAGAAACAAGAAAUUACGGAAAUGACCCUGGUUUGACAAACGGAGGGUCUUAUAAUGUAGGGGUAUAUGGGGAAUUUCAACAAUCACUGAGCUUAUCAAUGAGCCCUGGCUCACAAUCUAGCUGCAUCACUGGCUCUCACCACCACCAAAGUCAAAACCAAAACCACCAUCAGAUCUCUGAGGCUUUAGUGGAGACUAAUGUUGGAUUUGAGACAACGACAAUGGCGGCUGCUGCGAAGAAGAAGAGAGGACAAGAGGACAUUGUGGUUGUUGGACAGAAACAGAUUGUUCAUAGAAAAUCUAUUGAUACCUUUGGACAACGAACUUCUCAAUACCGAGGCGUUACAAGACAUAGAUGGACUGGUAGAUACGAAGCUCAUCUUUGGGACAACAGUUUCAAGAAGGAAGGUCAUAGCAGAAAAGGAAGACAAGUUUAUCUGGGAGGUUAUGAUAUGGAGGAGAAAGCUGCUCGAGCAUAUGAUCUUGCUGCACUCAAGUACUGGGGUCCCUCUACGCACACCAAUUUUUCUGUGGAGAAUUAUCAGAAAGAGAUUGAAGACAUGAAGAAUAUGACUCGACAAGAAUAUGUUGCUCACUUAAGAAGGAAAAGCAGUGGUUUCUCUAGGGGUGCUUCCAUAUAUAGAGGAGUCACAAGACAUCACCAGCAUGGGAGGUGGCAGGCUCGGAUCGGCAGGGUUGCCGGAAACAAAGAUCUCUACCUCGGAACUUUUGGAACUCAAGAAGAAGCUGCAGAAGCCUAUGACGUAGCAGCAAUUAAGUUCCGUGGCACAAACGCUGUGACCAACUUUGAUAUAACGAGGUACGAUGUUGAUCGCAUAAUGUCUAGUAACACACUCUUGUCUGGAGAGUUAGCUCGAAGGAACAACAACAGCAUCGUCGUCCGCAACAAUGACGACGAGCAAACCGCUCUAAACGCUGUCGUGGAGGUUGGUUCCAAUAAAGAAGUGACUAGUCCGGAGAGAGUUUUGAGUUUUCCGGCGAUUUUCGCGUUGCCUCAAGUCGGGCCGAAGAUGUUCGGAGCAAAUGUGGUCGGAAAUAUGAGUUCUUGGACUACCAACCCUAAUGCUGAGCUUAAGACCGUUUCUCUUGCUUUGCCUCAGAUGCCGGUUUUCGCUGCUUGGGCUGAUUCUUGAUCAAAUCUAAUGGCUAACUAUGGUUUUUCUUGCUUUAGUUUCCAAGUGUUUCUGCUUAUCUCCGGUUUUAUCCGGUUGAAUUAAAAUUCGGUUUAGUUUUAUCGGUAUAAAUAGUAUUUGCUUAGGAGCGGUAUAUGUUUAUUUUGGGUAGUAUUCAUGUGAAACAGAAUGAAUCUCUCUAUAACAUAUGAUUUCAAUGCAUCUC